AUGCGCAAUCAAAACGAGAAGAUGCCAUUAAAACCACAAAAUACCGCUGUAGGGCAAAAGCACGAUCCUUCCAUCAAGAAUCCGCUCGUCAACUACGGACAAUUACCAGAAUGGCGCCAAGAAAACCAAUACAUCGUCACCAAAUACCGUUCCGCCCGCAACUCAUACCGCCAAUCCAUCAAAAGCCUCACAUACCUCCAUAACGAGACCGGAAACAUCUACACCCACCUACUCUUCUUAGUCAUUGUUUUGUUUCUCACCACCUACAACCUACCGCAACUAGGCGGCCCAAAACAGUGGUUCCCCUCCCCACGCAACGGUGAUUUACUGGCAUUGUCUGCAUUCCUCGGCGGUGUGGUACUGUGCAUGUCGUUCUCCGUCACGUACCAUAUCGUCCUCGACCAUUCAGAAUCUGUGGCGACGGCUGGCAAGCAGUUGGAUUUUGCGGGCAUCACGUGUCUUAUCUGGGGCAGUUUGAUUGCGACGCUAUACUAUACGUUCACCUGCGAGGUAGAGCUCAUGCGCACCUAUAUGCUUAUUUUCACGGCUUUUGGCGCUGUCAUGCUGCUCUUCUUCGCUUCGCCUCUGGCUUCCAAGUCUUGGGCACAAGCCCUUGUAGUUCCGCUUUUCGUCUCUUUUGCCGCCGCUGGUAUUUUUCCGCUGUGGAGGGGUAUUCAAUUGUAUGGUUGGGAACGAAUGGACGAAAUGGCAGGCUUACGAUGGGGGUUGGCUUGCGGCUUCGUCUGCCUGGCUAGUCUGGGUCCCUUUAUGAUGCAAUUCCCAGAGUGUUGGAAGCAAGGCAAAUUUGACCUGUGGCUCUCCUCGCACCAGAUCUUCCACAUCGCUGUGGUGAUUGCUGCGUGUUUGCAUUUUAUUGGGCUGAUGAAGGCCUACUCGUUCCAGCAUACGCACAUGCAGAUAGCGAUCUGCCCCAUGCUGAGUACCUGGAAAGAUGAGCUCAUGAAUUUGACUUGA